AUGGCUCCCAAACGUAACGGAAAGAAGCGAAGACUCAAAGUGGGCAUUCGCCCACAGCUCAUCAUUUUGGUGUGCUUUGCAUCGCUCUUCUCCUUAUUAAUUCUUGCCAUCGUGUCCAGUGUGUAUUUCCUGAAGAAUCUUUCCAAUCUUCAGGCUGACCGUCUUGAGGUUGUUUCUCAGCUUAAAGCUACUCAGGUCAAACAAUCAAUCCAGUACAUCUACUACCAAGUCUACUGGCUUUCGCUGCGUGACACCGUCACCAGUCCUCUUUCUUACUACCGUGCGGGCAACAACUCCAAUUCUGUGUUCUCCAGUGCUCAAACUGCGCUCGAUCUGUUUCUAGCCACUUCCGAGACUUUUGCAUCAGCCAAGCUAUAUGAUCUCGAUCUAAAUGUGGUGGCCAACUCUAGUAAUGACCAAAUCAGAGUGUCUCAGUCAACUCAGGAUGCGUUGUACCCGUUACAGAAGAAUAUUUCCGUGCCCACUACCAUCACACUGUCCAAUUCUUCCUAUGCCGCAUCUUCGGGCUUUAUCACGGGGCCCUUACCCAACUCCACGGACGUAAACUCCACUUACUUUUUUGGCUUGACGCUUCCAGUCUACGCCAACACAUCCAUCAUCUUGGAUGAACCCACCAUCUCGGGCUAUCUAACCGUCAUUGCUAAUGCGCAAACCAUUGAGAGUGCGCUAGAAUAUCUGACCUUGGGCGGAGGAAUAGACUCCAGCUAUCGAGUUAUUGCAAUUAAAGGUUACUACGCUAAUAACACAAUGGCUGGCGAUCCCAACGCCUUGAUAGGUUGGGAGCUAAUAUUUCCUAUAUCAAACACCUCUCGGGUGACUCCGAACAGGUUUUAUCCAAUCGACAGUUCUCCAUCUGUGCGACGAGCGCUCCGACGAGGAUCAGGCACUUCCACCCACAUCGAAUCCAUGUUUGGAACUUCGCUAGCCAUAGCAUUUACACGAAUACGGAUCGAUAAAACAACUUUCUGGAGUGUGCUCAUUGAGCAGCGACGAAGCACGUUCUUGGAACCCGUGCGAAAGUUGAGAGAUAUCAUGAUCGGUGUUGUGCUUGGUAUUGGGGCGUUCAUGUGCCUCAUAACGUUUCCACUUGCAGUGUGGUUCGUCAAUCCUAUCACCAAGUUAAAAGAAGCCACGGAAGCAAUCACAAGAUCCAAAAAGGAAAAAGAUAACGCCGCACAUACAAACAGUAUUAAUCAUCCUAGUGGAGGCAGCGGCGGUGGAGGGAUUUUCUCCAACAUAUCUACUCCGCCGAGUCAUAUGGAUGAGUCUGAGGUGCCCAACAGACACAUCAGUAAGCGAAACUCUGUGAAUACUGCCAGUUCAGGCAGCUCGACUGUAUAUUCUACUGGUAUCAGACUUCCAGGAAAAAUCCCUCAAUCGAAGAAACUCUUCAAAGACGAAUUGACUGAGCUUUCCGAUGCAUUUAACAUCAUGACAGAAGAACUCGAGAAGCAAUAUACGCACUUGGAAGAUCGAGUCAGGUUGAGAACUAAAGAAUUGGAGGCAUCCAAAAUUGAGGCUGAAGCUGCCAACGAGGCCAAGACAGUCUUCAUUGCCAACAUUUCUCACGAGUUGCGUACUCCGCUUAACGGUAUUCUUGGAAUGACCUCUAUUGCUAUGGAGGAAACAGACCAUCUGCUGAUUCAGGACUCUUUGAAGUUGAUUCAUAGAUCGGGAGAGUUGUUACUUCAUAUUUUGACCGAGCUUUUGACAUACUCCAAGAACACAUUGAACCGAUCCAAGUUGGAAAAAUCUAACUUCCAGAUCCUCGAAGUGGUGUAUCAAGUCCGGUCUAUUUUCGGGAAACUAGCUCUUGACCAGCGGGUCAACUUCAGAAUAACUGUCAAGCCUAAUGUAUUGAGAAAACUCAUUCUUUUUGGAGACUCAAACAGAAUUAUUCAGGUCGUCAUGAACCUUGUCUCCAAUAGUUUGAAGUUCACACCUGUGGAUGGCUCCGUCGACGUAAUUUUCAAGUUAAUUGGAGAAUACGACCAUGAGGCGUCGAAGGCCAUAGAUUACGAGAAGGUUUUGGUCAAGAAAGCAGACGAAUACGAAAAUACCAGUGAACUCGAGGAUAACGAAGACCACCCAGAGCAAAAUGGCUUAGACCAGAUGUCGGGUAUUAAUUCGCAGAACGGUUUUUUCAAGCCGAGAUCUAACUCCGCAUCUAUUCCGUUGAAUAACUUAACUCCAGCACGCGAUUCAAACUCGGUGGUUCACUCAACCAAUGAUGAGAUUGACACGCAAAGUUUGGUAACUAUCACCACAAGUGAAUAUGAGCGGAACAUGUUCAAUAAUCAGUUUGUUUAUUCCAAGCCUCUUCCUCAAAUUCCAACUUCGAGGCACAGCUCACCUCCAACGUCGCCCAAUGCGACUCGCUCUUCUUCAAUUCAUGAAGAGAAAAAUGGUGUGUUGAAGCCUGAGCCUUCGGAGCUCUUCCCAAGUCCACCCGAGAAGUCCUCGUCCCUCGGAAUCCACAAGAGCUACCUGGAUACUCAGACGGGAUUCUCCACCUCUACUAAUCAGCUAUCUAAUAGUGAGUUGGUCAAAAACGACAAGGUGUAUAAGAUGCGGAAGUUGUAUGUUCCCAAAUCUUGGGCUAUCCAGAUUGAAGUCAGAGACACUGGAUCUGGAAUUGAACCUGCUCUUCAGGAGAAAGUAUUUGAGCCUUUCAUUCAAGGUGAUCAGACUCUUUCAAGAAGUUAUGGUGGUACUGGUUUGGGAUUGUCAAUCUGCCGUCAGCUUGCUAAGAUGAUGCAUGGAACAUUGACUCUCCGUUCGACUCUCGGAAAGGGAUCUUCAUUCAUUUUCACAUUGCCUCUUCCUCAGAAUGGUGAAAUUGUUGUUCCCGAUCAGGACAUGGAAGAGUUCAGCAACGAUGAAUUCAAUCCAAAGUCCAAGGUAAACAGGAAGGUUGUUUUCGAUAUACAAGAGGGAGACAGUGAGGAGAGUCCUAAGGUGGAAGAGAAAGAAAUGUUUUCUUCUGAACUGUCUGGUGCUACUGGAGGCUCUACACCGUCAUCUGAAUCUUUGAAACCCAAGCUGCCCAAGAAGCCAACUCUCCGUCUUAAUCUUGAAGACAAGCCAGUCCUUUUGCAGGAGUCCUCGACAGGUACCGUAAACCAGUUGCCAGCAGGAGACUCUAUCCUUACUAACUUGUCACAUAUCAAGAUCUUAGUUGCAGAGGACAAUUCGGUGAACCAAGAAGUCAUUAAGAGAAUGUUGCGACUUGAAGGCUUUACUGACAUUACCAUGGCUGGAAACGGAGCAGAGGCAGUGGAGUUAGUGCAGAAGGCAUACGACUCGUUCAAGCAGUUUGACAUCAUCUUUAUGGAUGUUCAAAUGCCAAAGAUGGACGGGCUCACUGCUACGAAGCUCAUCAAGACCAACUUACGGUUUAAAAAGCCCAUUAUUGCAUUAACAGCUUUCGCCGAUGAGAGCAAUGUUAAAGAGUGUUUAAACUGUGGCAUGUCAGGAUUCCUCUCCAAGCCGAUUAAGAGAACCAACUUGAGGCAAAUUAUCACCAAAUUCAGUCCUGAUCUAUUGAGUGAGGUAGUCACUACACCACGAACAGAUGACGAGGAGAAGCGGCUUGGGUUUAGCCCCAUGUCACCCCUCAAAUAA